AUGGAAGAAAGAAAGAAAGAGAAAAACUCUUUCUUUCUUUCUUUCUUUCUUUCUCUCCCUCUCUCUCUUUAUUUCAUUCAUUUUUUUUCACUUUUCUCCUUCUUGGUUUGUUUUCGCUUUCGUUUCGUUCCACAUGGCAUUUCUUUCUUUCUUUCUUUCUUUCUUUCUUUCUUUCUUUCUUUCUCUCUUUCAUUCAUUCAUUCAUUCUUUCUUUCUUUUAAUUCCCCGCUUUUCAUAUCUUUCAUUCUCUCUCUCUCUCUCUCUCUCUCUCUCUCUCUCUCUCUCUUUCUUCAUUACUUUUUUCACUUUUCUCUUUCUUCCUUUAUUUUCUCUUUCAUUUUGUUUUGCAUGUCUUUUCUUUCUUUCUUUCUUUCAUUCUUUUUUUUUCACCUUUCUCCUUCUUUCUUUGUUUUCUCUUUCGUUUCCUUCCACACGGCUUUUCUUUCUUCCUUUCUUUCUUUCUUUCUUUCUUUCUUUCUUUCUUUUCAAUUUAAUAAUCACUGCACGAACUUCUUUCUACGUCAUUUUUUCCCUUAA